UGUGAGGUUGAGACUCUGACAGGUUUAACACAUUAUUGUUAAGUGGCGUGUAACACGAUGAAGCUCUGUGUGAUUCUCCUGCUUUCAGCGAUUCUGCCAGCAAAUGCUUCCUCUGUGCACAUCUUCACUGAACUGGGUGGCUGCAGUGACUCUGUGGAUGAAUCUGAAUACUUCCUCAAUCUGGAUCAGAACGAAUUACUGUAUGAAGAUUUCAAGAGCAAGCAGCAAAUCAGCAGACUGCCUCCGUUUGCGGACCCAGUUGAUUUUCCCGAUUUGUUUAAUUUUGCAGUGACUAACAGAGACGGAUGCCUUCAGGACAUCAAAAAAGUGCGAGCGGCGGUGGGCAGUCCACCUGAGGCCAGAGAUCCUCCAGAGAUCAGCGUCUACCCAAAACGCGACGUGGUUCCUGGAGAAGAAAAUAACUUCAUCUGCUUCGUAACGAAUUUCUAUCCUCCACACAUCAGAGUGAACUGGACGAGGAACGGUGUGUCAGUGACAGAGGGAGUUUACAUCAGCCAGUUUUCACUAAACAGCGACGGAACAUUCAAUUUAUUCUCCACACUGACGAGUUCUCCAAAUGAAGGAGAUGAAUACAGCUGCACGGUGGAGCAUCAAGCUCUGGACUCGCCUCAGACUAGAACAUGGGAGGAACCAGUGGAAAUUCCGAGUGUAACUCCGACGGUGGUGUUUGCAGUGGGAAUUGUUGUAGGAAUACUGGGAUUAGCCACCGGAAUGUUCUUUGUGAUUAAAGCAUCAUGUUACAGUAAGAUUACACUGCGAUUUGUAUAAACACAGGCAACUGGACUUUGAGUAAUUAAAAUUAAUUAUUAAAAAAUAAUUCAAAUAAUUUAUUUGAGUAAUAAACUGUUGGGUAAAUAAAGUGUGUGUGUGUGUGUGUGUUGCUGUUACAGUAUUGUAAUACACUGAGGUCAUGUGGUAAAGCACAGUUAAAUUGUUGUGAAUUAUUUUUCUAUAAAAAUAAGACAUGCUUGUUCCGCAUGUUAGUGAGAAACUGCAAAGAAGCGUAAACUCCUCUGUCCUGAAGACGUCGGAAAACUUACAGUUCCAGCUUUACCUCUGACUGUCACAAAGCGCUGACACUGGAGACUCCUUCCAUACAUGUUACAUAAACGUGUCCUUACAGAAAACUUCACCACAUCACUGAAUACACACGUUGUUUUUAUCUGUGUAUGUGGAGCGUUCGCUGUACACGUCCCUGUGAAUGAGCUGUUGCUAUAGAAACGAUAAUGCAUUAAUAUAAACCUGCGCUACUGUCGGAGCUGCUGUUAUAGAAAAUUAAUCAACACCUUCAUCACAAAAUCACCACAGUGGAGGGAAAUUCCCAGCAGGUGCAGUAAAUAUGUACGCAGUCAUGUGUCUGAUGUUGGAAUGUUGAGGAGGAAAUGGCUGCUUUAAAUGCUUUGCUCUAGUUUCCCUUUAGUCUCUUUAACUCUUUAACACUGAGCACCAGCUCUUCUCCACCUCGUCCUUCAGGUGUUGUUCUCUUCCUCCUCCUCAGAAAAUAUCUUUAUCACGACAUUAGAGCUUUAAUUUUCUUCUAUUAUUCCUCAUUAUUUUCUCAUUUACAGUACACAACUCUCAUAUUUAAUAAAACUGCUGCUUUUCUGUCAAAUCCCUGUUUUUAUUGCUGGUUUUUGUUAAGUACUGUAUAUUGGCUAAGAUUCUGUGUUUUAAAAUUAAAUUAAAUUUAAAAAUAAGACAUUUGGAAAUCAAAUUAUUAUAUAAAUUAUUACCGAUGAUAUAAAUAAACAUUUUUGAUUUCUGCCCUUCAC